AUGGCCAAGCGAGUUGCGGUGAUCGGAGCUGGAGUGAGUGGCCUGUCCUCCAUCAAAUGCUGCUUAGAUGAACACCUGGAGCCCAUCUGCUUUGAAAGAAGUAAUGACAUCGGCGGACUAUGGAAGUUUACUGAAACUUCUAAAGAUGGGAUGACUAGGGUCUACAAGUCACUAGUGACGAAUGUCUGCAAAGAAAUGUCAUGUUACAGCGACUUCCCUUUCCAGGAAGAUUAUCCUAAUUUCAUGAACCAAGAAAAAUUUUGGAACUACCUCAAAGAGUUUGCUGAGCACUUUGACCUUCUGAAAUACAUUCAAUUUAAGACCACCGUGUGCAGCAUAACAAAGCGUCCUGACUUCUCCGAAACUGGUCAGUGGGAUGUUGUCACAGAGACAGAGGGGAGGCAGGACAGAGCUGUCUUUGAUGCUGUCAUGGUUUGCACUGGACAUUUCCUGAAUCCCCAUUUACCUCUGGAGUCAUUUCCUGGAAUCCAUAGGUUUAAAGGCCAGAUCCUACACAGCCAAGAGUACAAGAUGCCAGCAGGCUUUCAGGGCAAACGCGUCUUAGUGAUCGGUCUUGGAAACACUGGAGGAGACGUUGCAGUGGAGCUCAGUCGAACCGCAUCUCAGGUCUUUCUCAGUACUAGAACUGGUACCUGGGUUAUCAACCGCUCUUCAGAUGGGGGCUACCCAUUUAAUAUGAUGGUUACAAGAAGACACCAUAAUUUUAUUGCACAAGUUCUGCCCUCCUGUAUUCUGAAGUGGAUUCAAGAGAGGCACCUCAAUAAAAGAUUUGACCAUGCGAAUUAUGGACUAAAUAUUACUAAGGGUAUUCUCAGGAAAAAACCAAAAAAGAUUGUGAAUGAUGAGCUGCCAACCUGUAUCCUCUGUGGGACAGUCACUAUUAAAACCAGCGUGAAGGAGUUUACAGAAACCUCUGCUGUCUUUGAAGAUGGGACAGUGGAAGAAAACAUUGAUGUUGUGAUCUUCACUACAGGAUACACGUAUUCUUUCCCCUUUUUUGAAGAACCUCUCAAAACCCUUUGUACAAAGAAGAUCUUCCUAUAUAAGCUGGUCUUCCCCUCAAACCUAGAGAAGACAACAUUAGCUAUGAUUGGCUUCAUCAGCCUUACAGGAUCCAUCUUAGCAGGCACAGAGCUCCAAGCACGAUGGGCCACAAGAGUAUUCAAAGGACUCUGUAAGAUACCACCAUCUCAAAAACUGAUGGCUGAGGCUAUGAAGAAGGAGCAGCUCCUAGAAAGGGGUUUGAUGAAAGAUCCCGGUGUAGACAAAGCUGACUACAUUUCCUACCUGGAUGACCUCGCUUCCUUCAUAGGCGUAAAGCCCAACAUCCCACUUCUGUUCAUCAAGGAUCCCAAACUAGCAUGGGAAGUUUUCUUUGGACCAUGUACUCCUUACCAGUAUCGCCUAAUGGGCCCCGGGAAAUGGGAUGGAGCCCGAAAUGCCAUCUUGACCCAGUGGGACAGGACACUGAAACCCUUAAAAACUCGAACCAUUCCUGGUUCCUUCAAACCUGCCUCCACGUCACAUUAUUUGAAAGCCUGGGUGGCACCUAUACUGCUUGCUUCCCUUCUACUGAUCUACAAAUCUUCAAUUUUUUUGAAACUGGUGCCAGAAAAACUACAGGACAGGUUAUCCCCUUAA